UCUCAAAACAAUGUGUUCAUAAAUACAAAUAUAUUUGUGCUCUCUUUCAAUAAUUUAGGCACAUACGUAUGUAUACAUGUAUGUACAUAUGUAGGUACAUAAAAGAGAUCGGAUUAUGAAACAGUUAUCACUCUCUUUUGUUUUCUUCCCUUUUCACUUCCAUGAAAUAUCGACUGCGCGAGCUUUUAAACCCGUUACUUUGUUCUAACGUUGCCCGAAAUAAAACUUUAUUUUGAAUGUACUCUGCGAUUUCAGUGAUUUCGGCGAAUUCGGUGAGUGCAGUUCGAUUCGAGGCAUAGAUUCGGUUGGGCUACGAUUAGUGAUAAAACGGCGAAAUUUGUUCAAAAAAUUGCUAAAGAAGUUCCCGUAGCGCGCGUGUUCGGUGUAACGCACAGUUUUUGUUACCGUAGUGUGUGUGCUCAAUAAGUUCAGUUUAAAAUCUGACGCAUCAUUUCGGUCUAGCUUACGGUUUUUGUUAUGUAUGUACAUACAUACAUAUGUAUGCACACAACACAAAUGGCGGCCGUGCAAAAUCAUUGUAAUUAAUUAAGCAAGUGAGGCGAUUUUAAACAUACGUAUUAGAAACUCGGGUAACAAUUUUUACAAAUUUAUUGUGAUUCAUUCGGUGGAAAGCGGAUCGCAAAGGAAAAAAAGCUAAAUGGGCUAAUAAUAAGCUAAGUACAAUGGAUUAACAGUUUGCUAGUUAGCGCUACGUUUCGAGCUACACUUACGUCUAAGCUUACGUAGACAGCUGCAUAUAAGAGACGGCAGACGAAUGAACAUUAAGUCUUAAGCGAGGGUCGUUGAUUUACCAGUAGCCUCAAUAAUCAGGGAAACCACACAGGUAUUCCAGAGAUUGCAAUAUGCGUGGCCGCCACUUACGCCGCCGAUUCAGCCUGCAGCCCUCGUUCAUGAAGGACGACAAUGCCGAGGAUAAGCCAAAGCGUGAUAAGGUUGGUAGAAACAACGCGGUAGAUGAUGCCAUUGGACCGGCCAACGCACGCCACAAAAUCGUCGUCAUGGGCUCUGCAAAAGUGGGCAAAACGUCAAUAAUCACCCAGUUUUUGUACAACACAUUUAGCACCAAAUACAAGCGGACCAUUGAGGAAAUGCACCAAGGCAACUUUUCCAUCGCCGGCGUGAGCCUUACCCUUGAUAUUCUGGACACUGCCGGUUCAUACGAGUUUCCGGCGAUGCGCGCUCUUUCUAUAUCCUCGGCGGAUGCUUUUAUCCUGGUCUACGAUGUCACCGAUGCCACCACUUUCGAGGAGGUGCGCACAAUUCGCGAUCAGAUCCACGAGACUAAGGCCACUACCGCGGUUCCAAUUGUGGUUGUUGGAAACAAGAUCGACCUCUUAGCAGAUGGAGAAACCGAGCGAGAGGUUGAGUACGCCACUACUGAAUCGGUAGUUACUGUGGACUGGGAGAAUGGGUUUGUAGAGGCCUCGGCUUCCAGUAAUGAAAACAUCACCCAGGUGUUCAAGGAACUGCUGGCCCAGGCAAAAAUAACUUACAAUCUGAGUCCGGCCCUUCGUCGUCGUCGUCAGUCGUUGCCCCAGCAGAUUGGUAACAAUGGACCGGGUACUCCGUCACACCACCACCAGCACCACACUCAGCACCACACGCAGCACAACACCCAACACCACAAUUCCGGAGGCGGCACCUCCGCGUCUACCUCUUCGGCAGCAGCAGCUGCGUCAUCUUCCGGGGGAUCUGGAUCCCAUGCUCCUACACCAGCCCAGCUGCAGCACCUCCAAAGAAUCCAGGAGCGGAGUUUGGGCGCCAAACGCAACUCGUGCAUCAUUUCCUAAAGAGGCGAAAUCCUUCUACUAGAAAGUGCCAACACAGCAGCUGAAGAGUAGUCGCCAAACUAAAAGAGGUCUCAUAUAUAACGGUUUUCAACACUUUUUCAAUAAUGAAGAACAACAUGGGGCUUUUUUUCUAAAACUAAACACAGAACUAAGGUGAACAGAAGACGUAGGUUCUAUUCACAUGGGAGUCUUUUAAGGGUCUUUUUAACAUUCUGGGUGAGCUAAAAGUUUUGAGUUUUCCUUAAAACACUUCUUGUCGUCGAAUUAAACUGAUUUGUUUUGUUCGCGAGGGAUAUUAAAACGUUUUAAAUUUUCAAUAAUAGAUUGGAGAUCCUCAAAGUCCCAAAAUUGCCUGAUAUCUGAAAGUAUAUUUUAAUGUAUUUAUCAUUUCAUGGAUACAAAAGUAUUUCGACAUCCUUUUAAGUAUUUUGAAAGUGUACAAAAAUCAGGGUAAUAUAACUAAGGGGUAAAUUUUGAAAGUUGUCUCCCUAGGAUUUAUGAUUUUAUUAAUCUA